GAAUCCACCCCCACCAUCGCCAUCCUCAGCCCCAUCGCCUCUGCAUGUCGACGGCCACACUGCUGAGCAACGCGUUUGCUCCCGUUGAGAGCGUGCAGUACGUUGCAGCGGUGCUCGCGCGGGCGACCGACCAGUCCAACUCUGCGCUGAUCGCCGAGGCCAACGCGACGCUCGUCCAGCUCGAGUCCACGCCUGGGUUUUUCUCUGCGCUGCAGUUGGUCGCGCUGUCUCGUGACGCAAUCAGCAACUCAAUCCGAAUGCUCGCUGUCAUGUAUUGCAAGAACAACGUCGAGCACGUGUGGCGCCAAUCCACGACAGCACCAAUGGCCGAGCAGGAGCGAGAGAGCUUUCGUCAAACCAGCAUGGCUUUGCUGACAACCGAGGACGACCCAUUGAUCGCCCUGCAAUGCGCGCUGGUCGUCGCUCGGAUUGCGCGGUUUGACUACCCUGCUGCGUGGCCAGACUUUUUGAACUCGUUGUUUGCCAUGCUGCAGACGGCAGAGCAUCCCGAUUUGCAAAACCGACUCUUGCUGGCUGUCCGCUACUUUGUCAAGGGGCUCUUGUCCAACCGAUCUCCGCGAGGAGUCGCAACCUUGGCCAGAGUUUCAACGCUGCUCUUUGACCAGAUUCUGCAAGUGUACCGCAGCGUGUCGGAGGCCACCUUCCCUGCAUUGAUUGAGAUUGUCCAAGCAGUGCACGCCGAGGCUGGUCAGGCGGUGCAUGUUCCCAAUGCUGCCAUCGCUGCUCAUGUUAGCGCGCUUCAGCUCGCCCUCUCGUGCAUCAAGCUGCUUUCCUACAUGUUCCUGCACGGGCUCCCUGCCUCCACGAUCAACCUCGCGGCGGAUGCACCUCAGGGCAUCUUGGUGCAGCUUUGUUGCAGCCAAUCGGUGCAGCUCGCGGCACUCGUGCCAUUCCUGGUGUCUCCGUCCAACGCGCACCCACCUCCGGCGGCAGCGUUGGUCAUACAAUGUCUCAAAACGCACACUAAAAUCCUCACCAAGGGCCUUGUAGCACAUCCUCUGCCCUUCAUUCCGCUUCUGCCCACCUUGUUGAGCCACUUUACCCAACAGCUGAUGACUGUGCACGAUGCCACACUCGUGGCCGUGCUCCCUUCGUUUGUGCUGCAAGUGCUCACCUUCUUUGUCAGCAUUUUCACCUGCGAUGUGUACUACGAGAGUGGUGGCAAGUCCUCGUCAUCGACGUACGACACAUCCGAUCGAGAACUCGAAGAAGACGCUCCGAGCAGCGAGCUUGCAGCAUCUUGGACGACGCCCCCUUCCUCCUCCACCAGUGACGCUCGAUCGCGAGCCGAGGCACAGCGUGCUGCAGCACAGGAAGCAAUCAGCUCAUUCAUGGUUCCGCAGACGGUCGCUACCAUCGCCAGUGUGCUCAUUCUCAAAUUUUUCCGACUCACGGAGGUUGAUUUUGAGGCGUGGGAUGCCGCUCCCGAGGAGUUCAUGUCGGAGCACUCUACCAGUCUGAGUGAUCGUUCUUUGACACGCAUCAAGCCGUCCGCAGAAUGGGUUUUGCAUUUGCUCGUCACGCACUACAGCGAGUCCAUCAUUCCACUCCUGACACAAAUGUUACAAGAUGCACGAGGGCUGCCCGAGGAGAUGGAGAGCAUUUUCUACCGUGACUGCGUGUUUGCAGCCGUGGGCGUCUGCGCAUACGAUUUGUUCGACCAUCUUGAUUUCGACCAGAUGUUCAUGAAUGACCUUGUGCCGCAGUUUGCAGUCAACCAGCAUCGCCUUGUGCGCCGACGCGCGAUUCUCUUGGUCAAUCAAUGGAUUGAUGUGCGGUUGAAUGCCAGCUUGCGUGUGGUUCUCUACGAAAAUCUCAUCCCCUUGCUCAGCGACGACGACACUGUCGUCCGGCUCGAGGCAAUGAACACGCUGCUCUCCGCUGUGGGUGCUUACGAAUUUGAUGAGGACGAAUUCAUUCCUUUCAUCCGGCCCAGUAUCAACGCGCUGGUGCUGCUCAUGUCUUGCGCAGAUUUCGAAGUUGCGACCCAGUCCCAGGCGCUGACCCUGAUUUCAACCAUCAUCUCGAGGUGCUCCAGCCAUGUCUCUGAGCUGUCGUUGGAUAUUGCUGCGCACUUCUUUGCCGAAUGGCAACGCCAGCUUGGUCGCUUUGAAGCCCUGCCAAUGCAACAGGCAGCGGAGGUGGGCGCGCUGCUGGGAGCGCUGCUUCCCGUUUUCACGGGCUUGGUUCAAGCCAUGCAAUCCGCGUCCAACAGCUUGCACGCAACCAUUUCCAGGGUUCUUUCUGUUGCUAUGGAUCGUGAACACAGGCUCCACGUCUACACUGAGCUUGAUGCCAUCCAACUGUGGAGUGCAGUCGUGACGCACGCCUCAGUCCCCACGCGCGAAGUGUUGAGCAUCUUCCCCGUCAUUCUCGAGUAUCUGACUUCAGAUUCUAUUGAUACUCUGUCCUCGAGCCUGGAAAUUGUUGUUUCCUAUUUGCAUCUUGACGCAGCAAGCGUGUUUUCGGCUCAUGGGAUGCAGCUUUGUCAGGUGCUGAAUCAGGCUCUGGAGACAACCGAACUUUUGGGCACUUCCACCUUUCUGCCGUUGCUCGACAUGCUGCUGCAUCUCUUCCCUGCCGAUGCCAUCGCCUACCUCAGGCCCAGCUUGUUGCACUUGAUGGGGCUGUUCUUUUCCGACAACGAUGAUUAUCUACCCAGUAUUGCCAAUCUGAGCGUCCUCUUUGCCCGAAUCAUGCUCGAAAAUAAUGCGGCAUUCGUGCAGCUCAUCCAAACCUGGGCUGUCGAGCAGAACAAUCCGCUUCUCUUGCAGUCCUAUACGAUUCAGGCUUCGAGCAUUGCCAGAAAAAUCCCCACCGUCAAAAAGAAGAAGCUUGCCUGCAUGGCGCUCUUGUCCUGCAUUGGCAAGCCCGAAUACGACUUGACCCAAUGCCUAACCGACAUCCUGCUCGUUUCCGCCGAUGCCUUCCAAGGAACGCUGGUGCAAGAUAUCGAUGACCAAGGCCAGCUCGUCGAUCAAUUCAUCAUGACCUCGGAGACUGACGCUGAAAUGGACCAGUAUAGCGCUGAGACGCGAAGGAUUCGACAGUACCGCUUGACAGAUCCCGUGCAUACGGUGCCGCUUGAUCACGCUCUCCAAGUCGCUCUUGCCGCCGGCCAACAGCAAUUUGGCGAAACGUUUAUGGGCUUGGUGCAGCAGUGCUGGCCGCAGACGAUUCUCGAUCACUUGGCGCACAAGCCUCAGCUCUGAACGAUGCUCUGAACCAUGUGUUGCCAUUUGACAGCGUGCAGCAUAUUUCAUUUCACAAACGAGGACAACUAUAUUUGAUUGCCAUUUGACAAAAUUAACGCUACACACCCAA